AUGUGCACUAACCUCAGCAUCACGUACGGUUGCGACCACUCCUACGAUACGCGCGUUCCCUGCAAGAAGAGAGUCUGCUGGAGUACGGACACAGUCCGACAAAGAAGCGACCACGACUGCAGCAAUUGUCUGGAAGAAGAAAAAGAGAGACUUCGAGGUAGCCGCGCCCGUGCUGUUGGUCGGGCGGCUGGCCUAGCCGUUCGACUAUUCCUUGCACGAAAAGCUGGUCGAGAGGAAUAUAUAAACAAUGUACGUAUUGGGCUCCAGACGAUCUACUCCUGUGGCCAUGGGGACAGGGAUUACUGGAGUACCCUUGAUCCAGGAGAAGAUCCUCUCUACACGAAAGAGCUGGUCAUUCGUAAGACUUUUGUUUGCGAAGCGUGCCGAAAUCAAGAGAGGAUUAGCAGCGAUGGAUUCGCGGCAGUGCAGACCAUGGAUUCUCCGGAGCAGAAUUUAGAACUACAGGAGCUGAAGAAUCGGAUUCAACAGCUGGAAGAAGAGAGAGAUGAACUGCUGCGAAACCCCGCGGCUGUGGAUAGUGAGGCCAUAAACCAGUUGCUUGACGCUCGCACGGCGGCUCAACACCAGAGCGAAGACCUGCAGGCUCGGCUUGAAAUCGCCCUGGUAGAGCGAAAUUCACUCCAAACAAAACUCGACGAGCAGGCUACAGCAAAUGACAUCGCAAUCAUCGGCCUCGAAGAAAGCCUCCACAUCGCAAACCGAGAACGUCAUGAUUUUGAGCAACAAUGUGCGGACAUGGCUGAACAAUUCGAACUGGAUGCGGCCAUCACUGCAUCGCUAGCCAGACCCGAGCCAGCAGAAACAGGAGACCACGUGGAUCAAUCUGUACCUAAAGAUGAGGCGGCAGCAACAAGAAGGCUGGAAGAGAUUAAAUCACAGACGGUGACCUUGCUCGUCAAAGGAAGGAUGCUGAUGGACGAAAGAAAGAAGCUACAAGACUUUGUGGACGCAUGCAAACUAGACACGUCUGCGACGGAGGCGCAAGUAAUCCCAGAGUCGCUUGCUGCCGAUGAAAAGAGUGAUUCAGGCGAGAUUGACGAUGACAGGUCUUCUUGGGAAGAUAGCGACGAGGCUGAAACAUUAUCUGUUGGAUCUGACGAUGCUGGUAGGGUAAUAACGCCGUAG